AUGCCCAACAGAAAUAAGACCAGAGUAUUCGUGGCGUUGUACUCUCGUCAAGGGAUAACAUCUCAUGAGCAGAGCCAUGAGUUGGGGUAUGCCAGGUUUCAUUGGGCUAUAUGGACUGAGCCGAAAGGGAGCACUGGGGACGGAUCUUGUUACCAGGUUAUCAAGGCAGACACGUAUGUCAAUAUCCCAGAUUCCGGUGGUUGGCGCUACAAUUACAUCAAAGCCGCCAACUGUCCUCGAAGCCGCUCGAUGCUGGGACGUAUAAUGGUUGGCAAGAUCCCCAAUGGCAUCGACCAAGAUGCAGUGGACGACGUUCUCUCGAAAGUCCCAGUACCCAGAGACAACACCGACCCCGCCGAGAACUGCGUCAGCUGGACUCUGGCUGCUCUAAAGGAACUUGUACAACAUGGUUGGGUGGACGAUUAUUUCGAUCUAGAGCACUUUAUGGACUGGGCGUUAGAACGUGCAACUGAAUGGUGCAGUAUUGAGCGCAGACCUGAUGGACAGAAGGAGAAAUUGAAUUAUACACGCCGGCCGUUUCCUUAGGUCAGUCUAGUGGAGAGUCACGG